GUUUAUUCAAGGCAGCCUUGCAGGAGUAGGAGUGUGCCAGUCACCACUGUGGCUGCCCAGCACCUGCCGGCCAGGAGGCCGAGCGGCCAGGCAGGGGCCAGGGCAGGCCAGGUGGAGGGUCCUGUCCUCGCCCCCCGGGACCCGGCGGCAGCAUUGUCUCCGGAGAGACUGAGGAUCCUGGCUUCCUCUGGAGACAGGGGUUUGGCCUCUGGACAGCGAGGUCCCUGGAUGUCACAGGUCAGAACUCUCUGGACCUCCAAGGCCCUCGCUCAGGGCCCAGGCAUCGCAGCUUCUUCCAGACAGGCUGGUGGGCGCCUUCUCUCUCCAGGGCAUGGGCACCCGUGACGAUGUCCCCCCAGCCGAGGGUCUGGCUCCAGUGGCCGUGUACUGUGGGAGUGUCCCUAGGACCAGUGCUGGGCCCUGCGCACCCCUGCCUGGAAGCAUCAGCUCCUCUGUGCCAGCUAACAGCCCAGCCUCCGACCAGCCUGUGCCAAGUGUCCUGCGGGGCCACGAGAAGCCAGCACAGCUCUCGAGUGGAUGUGGGGACUCAGGCAGCAUCAUAGUGGGUGCCCCUCUGAAGGGCUGGCAGGCCAGGAAUGGGCACCCCAGGGACCUUGGAGCUCUGUCUUUGGGACUUCUCCCCCGGGUGUCUGUCAGCUUGCUGGAGUCAGAGGCCAACAGCGCGGCCAGAGACACCACCCAGAUCAAGGACAAACUCAAGAAGAGGAGGCUCUCGGAGGGCAUGGCAGCAUCUUUGCGAGCCUCUCUGGAUCCCGGGGGAGGCCCCCGCGGAGCCCCUCUGCGGAGCACCGUGCCCCGCACCACUUCCCAGAGGCUGCUGAGGGUGCCCAGGCCGAUGCCCCCCAUCCAGAGCAUCCCUACCACCCCUGAGGCCAGUGGAGCCAAGGAGAAGGGCCUGGACCCCCCCGGGAGCGGGCAGGGGGCCCAGGAGCUGAGAGCUGGUGCUCAGGAGGUGCAGAUCUCCCCACAAUACCUGCACUGCAAUGAUGAGAAGAUGCAGAAGAGCCUGGGAGGCAUCGUGAUCCCCCCGAUUCCGAAGGCAGGGGUGUCCGUGGGGACCUCUCCCCGCAGGCCUGGCCCCCUUCCCAGUCCCUCGGCUCCAGGCCAGGACAUCCUCACAGGAACAAGGCCCCUCCACACACGACUGCUCCAGGAGAGUGGGCUGCGAGAGAAGACCCCUAAAUCUCCAGAGCCCAAACCUUUGGCCCCACUCAUGAGGGAGGGGUCUGCCACUGCUGCCUCCAAGAAGCCCCUGGCCUCCUCACAGUCUGCUCCCGUGCUGACAGCCUUCUCCUUGAGCCAUGCCGAAGAAGACCACACCUUGGUGAAAGAAGAAGACCAGAAGGAAUCCGGCACCAAGUUCCAAGUCACCAUCUCCAGGUCUGCCCAGGAGAAGAUGCGGCUGAAGCAGAUGAAGGAGAUGGAGUCGCUCCAGAGGGCGAAGGAACCAGAGAGGGAGUGGGCGCUCGCUCCCCAGGGCCUGGGCUCCAGGAGAACCUUCGUGAAGGAAGGUCUCCUUCCCCUCCGGGGCAGUGGGACGCAGUCUAUGCCCAGCAGGCUGAGCAGCCCCUGCAGAAACAGCAGCGGCAUCCCCCUGAGGAAGCGGGCCAACCGGUCUUCUCUACCCAGCAUCCCUGUCGGCAAGCAGGAGCCCAGCUUUGCCCGCCACGCGUCAGCUAACUCGUUACCUGCGGUGCUCACUUUGGGGUCUCCUGAAUGGGAGGCAGAGGAGGAGGAGAUGGACCUCAGAACCUUCAAGGAAUUGCGGCCUUUCUCGAACCCGGAGCUGGGGUUGAUGGAUGCCCUUCAGGGCCUCAGCAGCAGUGACUGGCAGGUGAAGCAGAAGAGCCUGGUGAGCAUCCAGCGCCUGGCAGCCUGUCACCCAGAGGUCCUGGCUGGGAGGCUGCACGACGUGUCGGUGGCAGUGACCGGGGAGGUCACCAACCUCCGCUCCAAGGUGUCCCGCCUGGCCAUCAGCACCCUGGGAGACCUUUUCCGGGCUUUGAAGAAGAACAUGGACCAGGAGGCUGAGGGGGUCACCCGCUGCCUGCUGCAGAAGAUGGGGAACGCCAGCGAGUUCAUCCAGCGCGCUGCCAGCCGGGCCCUGGGCGCCAUGGUGGAGACCGUGACCCCGGCCCGGGCCCUGACGGCCCUCACCUCAGCAGGCGUCUACCACCGAAACCCCUUAGUCCGGAAAUGCACUGCCGAGCACCUCUCAGCUGUCCUGGAGCAGAUUGGCGCUGAGAAGCUUCUCUCGGGCAGCAGGGACAGCAUAGACAUGCUGGUGCACACGCUGGUGAGGCUGGCCCAGGACUCCAACCAGGACACCAGGUUUUAUGGCCGGAAGAUGGUGACCAUCUUGAUGGCAAAUGCUAAGUUCGACGUGUUUCUGAAGCAGUCCCUUCCAUCUCAUGACUUGCGGAAAGUCAUGGCGGCCAUCAAGCAGCGGGGACUAGAAGAUAACCAUGAACUUCCAUCUGCCAAAGGCCGUAAGGUGUCAAGGAGUCUGGUGGCAUGUGAGAACGGGCUGCUCAUCGAGGAGGGGCAUGGCUGCUCUCGUCUCUCUGGGGCUCCAUGUCUAACACUGCCUUCGAGGGUUGGCUCCAAUGGCCCGUGGCUGGCAGUACGCUCCUCCCUGCCGGGUGGCGUGGAAAUAGCAGAACAACUUCGGGAGCUGAGGAGGCUGCUGGAGGCCAGAGAGUACCAGUCUCGGAUGGAAGGCGUGGCGCGGCUCCUUGAGCACUGCAAGACCAAGCCAGAGCUCAUCAUCGCCAACCUGGUCCAGGUCUUUGAUGCUUUCACCCCAAGGCUUCAGGAUUCCAACAAGAAAGUGAACCAGUGGGCUCUGGAGUCUCUCGCCAAGAUGAUCCCCCUCCUCAAGGACAGUGUGCACCCCAUGCUGCUCUCCCUCAUCAUCGCUGUUGCAGACAACCUCAACUCCAAGAACUUGGGGAUCACCACUGCUGCCACCUCUGUGCUGGAUGCAAUGACAGAGAGCCUGGACCACCUCGUCCUCCUCCAAGCGUUUGCUGGGCGGGUGCGCUUCCUGAGCGGCCGUGCAGUGCUGGACAUCACGGAACGCCUGUCGGUGCUGGUGGCCUCAGUUUACCCUCAGAAACCUCAGGCCGUGGAACGCCACGUCCUCCCUGUCCUCUGGUACUUCCUAAACAACAUGAUCAGGAGUGGCACGCUGCCAGGGCUUGGCGGGAACGUCCGCACAGUGGUGUGCCAGCUGUCCAGGACCCUGCAGCAGCAAAUGGGUACCCGGCUGCAGGACUUUGCCACUGCCCAGCCAAAGCAAGUCCUCAGAAUGCUCCAGGAACUCAACACAGAGUCCCCGGGAGGCCCCCAUGAGGUUACCGAGAGAGGCGCCACCUGACAGCUAGACAACUCGCAGCGCCCUUUCCUUUCGCUGGAUUCAAGAAGGGCCCCAAAUAGGCGAUUAUUAUUUUUUAUCUUAUUUUAUUUUUAUGAUGGAAUAGUAUCUCCCACGUAGAAUUCUGGAUGUAUAUAGCCUAUUUUGAAGUAGAAAUAAAAGAAUUACUUAUUUUUCUAAGGUUUUCUUAUCUUGCAUUUUUGUGACUUUGGAGAAUUUUCUAGUAGGUAGGAUUGUGAUGCAAAUAAAAUAAGACAUGCCUCCCAAAUAAAAAUAAAACAUGACAACAACCGAACUUGUUACAGACGAGGUUGAGUGGAAGAGUGAGGGAGUAAGAGCCCAUGUGCAGUGGCCCAUUCAGGGGUCGAGUCCCCACCUCGAGCAGUGUGUGACAAGACCCCUGGGACCCAGAGCCCUGCUGGGCUGGUCACUCAAAUCCAGUCCUUUUGCCACUGGUCUGUUAGAGGUGAGUGUGACAAACUUCUCUGAGCACAGGGCACUUCGGCCCUGCGAAAUCCUCAGCACAGUGUCUGCUGGUCCAGUGGAACCUUCUGGCAAGAUCUUUCUUCCCAGCUUGUCAAGAGGCAAGGGGAGCUUGACGUGUGAAUCACUGCAGCUACUCUAGAAGCUUGGCUUGCUCUGACGAGGAUUAGAUGCUUCACACCUGAAACGCGGUAAGUGGAGCACUCGGUAGAGCAUGGAGGCUGCACAUCACUCUGAUGCCAAGCGGAAGCUCUGAAGUCACACAGGCUGCUGGAGCUGGCUCAAUCAUGAUGCUCGAGAGGGGCAGCAAUGCAGGAGGUGAGGAAGCAGAGGGAGGUGUUGGCCCUGGUGGAGAAGCUGGCGAAUGUGGUCCUGGCAGGGGAGGGGGCUGUCUUGGGCUCAGGCUAUGGGGACGUUUUGUCUUGGCCUGGGGCAGUCGUAGGUUACCAAUGGUGUGACCAGAGUUAGAGAGCAGGUCAUUACCUCAACACGGGCAAAGCAGACUGGUAAGGAGAGGGGAGGCAACACCAGGGACAGUUCCAGAUGGCUGAGACCUGGCAAGCCCAUACCAGCAGGUUUUCUGGCAAGCCCCACCAUGAGAACCCCUGUCCACUCUCACGUGACUCCAGGUAUGACAAGGAUUCCACAUCAUUCUGAGCCCGUCCUGGGAAGCCUGGCCUUGGAAGCUUUGUGGUCAGGUGGAGUUAGGCCAGGUCGCCCCUGCAUGCUGGGCUGAGGAGGGGCACUUGCAAGUCACCUGUGCCUGGCUUUUAACAGGCUGCUUGAGCCCAACACAGUUAUUCUGGCUGCUCACCUGCAGGGAUUCUCUGUGACCACCUUACUUUUUGUCAGUUCUGGCUGAGCCAGGCUAAAGAUCUGCUAUGGGGGGAGCCAUCCAAAGAGACUCAAGAGGCUGGUUUAAAAGGUUUUAAAGGUUUUAUACAAUUUGAUUAAUUGUGUUUGCUUCUGGGCUUUUGGGGUUUGGUUGGGAGACCUGCAUUUUCUGCUUGUCAUGAUCCAAAAACAGAUCAGAAUAUUUCAGGAGUUUCAGAACUGAAAGAACCAGGAAACACAGAGACUGGCUAGGAUUUUGAAGGCAGAAAUUAAUUCCAACUGCGCUUUCCUGUCUUCCUAUCUUCUAUCUCCGUCCUCAAAUAUAGAGCUUCCCCCAGUUCUGGACCCUUCCUCGUGGGUAGAGGUGGGUAAAUAACCGAAAACUAAAACUACUAUAAAAGCCAAGAAUAGAUCUUUGCACAGUUCGCGUUCCCUUCAUUAUUCUAGGUUUUAAUCUAUUGUGGGCAGCCAGUUGCACCCCAGCCCUGCACUGCUGUUGGGAAGGACUGGGGUGUGGUGUAGAUUGGGGCAUCUCCCCCACAUCAUGGAAACAGGGAGGACAGCACACGGGUAACCUAGCCUUGGGCCCGUUGGGAAGGCCUGUGAGGACAGUGGGAGGCCAGCUCUGGUGAGCCAGCCCGGGUGGACGGGAGCUGAGCCCACCUCGUUCUUUGCUUGGCUGUGUGUGAGUGAGAAGCUCUGCUUACCGAAAUGCUCCUGGGGACACGGUCUCUGGCUGACAGUCUCUCCCUGGCCUUCUCCUUCUCCCGUUCUUUCUCUUUUCCUCUCUGCCUCUUCUUCCUCCCCGCCCUCCCCUCUCAGUGUGGGAAUGAUAGACCAAGAGUUGUCUGAGGACUGCAACGGCCAGGCCUUCCUGUUGUACCAAGUGGCAUUUUUGAGAUUUUGGGAAACUUUGCCUUUAGCCUGCCUCUCCUUUUCUCUUCCUUUUUUCCAUCGCCUGUCUUUUAGGCUAGGGAGUGAGUUUUUACUUGCACUGUGCUGCAGAAUCAUCUGGAAAGAGUUACGGAAUACUGCAUCUGUUGGGUCCCUUCCCCUAGGGGGUUUGAUUCAGCUGGCCAGGGGUGGGGCCCAGGCAGUUAGCUUUC